AUGACCAGAAUUAAACGGGGAUAUAUAGCUCGUAGACGUCGAAAAAAAAUUAGUUUAUUUGCAUCAAGCUUUCGAGGGGCUCAUUCAAGACUUACUCGAACUAUUACUCAACAAAGAAUAAGAGCUUUGGUUUCGGCUCAUCGGGAUAGAGAUAGGAAAAAAAGGGAUUUUCGUCGUUUGUGGAUCACUCGAAUAAAUGCAGUAAUUCGCGGAGUGGGGGUAUCCUAUAGUUAUAGUAGAUUAAUACACAAUCUGUACAAGAAACAGUUGCUUCUGAAUCGUAAAAUACUUGCACAAAUAGCUAUCUCAAAUAGGAAUUGUCUUUAUAUGAUUUCCAACGAGAUUAGAAAAUAA